GCUCGGUUCGGCCAUGCCUCGAGGCGAAUAAAACAGAUCAGAUUAGAGCGAGCCAAGACAAUAGCCAUGCCAUCGCCAUCGACGUCGACGACGACGGAUCGAACCUCGAGACUAGGCGGAACAAUAUUGUCCUGGGUGGUGCAGUUUACUCUUGUCUAGCGUCGUUUACUUAGAGGGUUCAAUUUUAUCACGUGGUCAUAAUGUACGAACACACCCGGUGCGCACUUCCUUCUCGCUGUGACGGACAUUAUCGAGAAAAGAAUCAUGCCUGUUAUGAUUCCUCCGACAUCGUCGCCUCUGGUGGUGGUGCUGCCUGUCUUCGUAGACGCUGUGGUGUGCACAGUGGCAUGGCCAGGUUGCUUCCCUUGCGGUCAGGUGAACUGGCUGUGGCUCUGGGCGCGGUCCAACUGUAAAAGUCCUCACCCUAAAAAAUCUCUACCUACCGCGGAUCGUACGUGGUGUUUUUUCUCGAUGAUUAUGAACGCCACACGGACUACAAAGCCAAGCAAAAGCAAGAGCUGACAAAACAAAACCCAAGACAGCAUCACACGCUUUUCUUCUCGAUCUACUGUUCCUUGAGCCCUGGAUGGACAAAACAUCUGUGAGAACUCUAAUUCGCUCGCCACAUCAUUGACUUGAGACCGACGAGAAUUGGGCCCUUUCGCUGCAAGCCGUACACAGAUCAAAUCAUAACAUAACGGAGCGCUCAGGAGAAGGACCGUUUUUGAAGGGAGCAAACAUUUUUUAACGCCGGCGAAACAGUUGAGGACAUAUUUGUUUCUCGCUGCGACUCCACUUCAGGCUUGAAAUCAGAGCAUUUGCUUGUGCUUCUGAAAGUCAGUCCGUCCAGAAAUUCAAUGCCUCAGGUCUCUAUGCCGGAGGAGUCAAUGGUGCGUGCUCCGAAAAAGAUUAUUAUCGACACGGAUCCUGGCAUAGAUGAUGCGAUGGCGAUACUGCUUGCUUUCGAGUCACCGGAGUUGGAUAUCAUUGGCAUAACGACAACGUUUGGCAAUGUCCGCACGACGAUGGCUUCCAAUAAUGCCCUUCAUCUGUGCGAACUGGGUGGGAGAGAUGACAUUCCAGUUUCACAAGGCCUGGAGACAUCUCUCAGAGGACAACUCAAAAACAGGAUUGCAGACUUUGUUCACGGACAAGAUGGCCUAGGAAAUACUCAUCCCCCAGCCCCUAAGAGGUCAGCAAUCGCUCAGUCUGCUCCUGAUUUUUUCAGGCAAAAAAGCAAGGAGUAUCCUGGUGAGGUCACUAUAGUCGCUCUGGGACCUCUAUCAAACGUAGCCAAGGCUGUAGAAGAUGAUCCCGACUUUGCCAAGAAUAUUGGCCAAAUCAUUGUUCUUGGCGGUAACUUUAUGGUGAAUGGAAAUGUAAAUCCAGCAGCUGAAGCAAAUAUUUAUGGAGAUCCAGAAGCUGCAGAUAUAGUCUUUACAUGUGGUGCGGACAUCAUCAUAAUUGGAAUCAAUGUCACGCACCAAGUCUUCUUCACAGGUAAGGAGAUGGAGGAGGUCCGGGAUAGCAAGGGAAAAUAUGGCAAAUAUUUAUACGAUGUUUCAAAAUUCUACUUCGCCUAUCAUCAAAAUGCCUAUGAUAUAGAUGCUAUAUAUUUACACGACCCGACAACAAUGAUCGCCGCAAUCGAUCCAUCAUUGUUCACAUAUGCUAAAGGUGUUGUAAGAGUACAAAGAGACGGGAUUUGCAAGGGACUUACCGUAUUCAAUAAUACAUCAAAGAAAUGGGCAGAACCCACAGAUUGGUGCAAUUUGCCCGAGGUGAAGGUGGCGAUGACAGUGGAUGCACCCGCAAUUUCAAAGAUGAUGAAAGAUCGAUUGAUGGGCGUCUAAAAGUCAUAGCCACAUUCUUUAGAAUGUAUAUAGAAGUCAACAAGGCUGCAUGUAAUUUUGAUAGAGUGAGCAAGAGGUCACAACUAUCAAUUCCGCAAGGCCACAACGCGAAAGUUGGAACUCUGUUCAGUUAAGAAAGCUUGCGGAGCAACGAUCACAGUAGCGUUCAAACAUCGGCCAUCACGUUUCCUCUAAAAUCUGCCCUCUAGUACGUCAAACUCAAAAGCAUUGUGAGGUAUUUGAAAGCAAAUUUACUCCCUCGUUCCACUUGCACGUGCCAGAGGACACUGAACAAUUAGGACGAGUCUGCAGAAGUGAGAUUCUUUCGAUAUAAGACGUUAAGGACAACACAGUAAAGGCCGAAAGGAAUUGAAAUAGGCUUGAAAAAAGAAGUCCGGUCACUCAAAAACUGAAAUAGAAAGGAAUUGACCAGAAACUGAAAUAGAUAGGAAACAUAGUUAUACGUUUGGGUGUGCUGUUGAAAAAAUAAAUCUGAAAGAGGUCGUUUAGCAGCAUCAGGCAUACUAUACUCUGCUCGAAAUCCGGGCCGAUGAAAGUGAAUGAAUUUAUCUCUUAGAUUGAAAGACAAAGUAAUAAAUGAACACCAUGGGUGUUUUUAACACAAUAUUAGAAGCUACCGCAUGGGAUUUCCUUGUGUUGGAAAAUUCCAACUGAUAGGUAAAUAAACGACUUGCCCUACCAUUAUGAAAUUAGAAGUUACAAAGAAUUUCUGAUGAUGAGAUAUUCUAUUUCCACAUAGUCCAACAAAGUACAAACAUCCAGCUCGAAUAUUAAUGAAGGACAACAAGUUGAACAUGUCUCUUUCAAUGCACUAAGGUGGUAACGAGUAUUUUAAAUAUAUCAAGGUACAAGUGGGUAGGAAUGAACUGUAUAGAGACAAGAGAGAGAUAAUCCCUUUGAACUUUCUGCAAGUGAUAAAGGAAAAGAUCAACCGUCAUCAUGUAUGCCGAUGAUAAACGUGUCUGACAAAGACAUUUCAUAAUUUAUUCCUAAGCGUGUUUCAGCUUAAAUUUUCUAAUAUUAAUAAAAUUACCUUUGAGAUAGAUAUAUUUUCUAAGAUUGAAUGCAUAGUAUCAUGUUUGUACAACUUUUAUGCAAUUCGUGUAUAUUGCAUUGUUUGUAGGGGGAUUUUUUGCUCUUUAUCUCUCACUUCUUGUAUACUAAUAUGCGAAUACUGCACAUGUAUAUAGACUAAUGAUAGACACACAGAAAGAGUACAUACAUUUUGCAGAGCUGCAAGGGUUUAUAAAUCAAUGAGGGUACUAUUGAUUAUUAAAGAUAACUGAAUUAGAAUUAAAAAUUAAUUAUCCUCAUUAUUUUGGAAAUUUACACAUGUGAUUAAAGAAGUUGCUAAACCCACUCCACCGAAGAAGAAUUAUUUAUUUUAAGUCAAAUAUUCUGGACUGAAAAUUCAUCAAAAGUAGCAUAAUUUUAUGAUUAUAUUCUACUUUGGAAUAUUUACUAUCAACAAGAACUUUCUCCAAGUUGAAACUAAGAUUGGG